UGCAAACCAAGUUAGCUCAACAGCUAAUCCCAAAAGUCACGUCACCUGUGCGGACUGGAAUUAAAAAGUUUCACGUCAGAGCCGGGACAGCCGGGUGAGCGUUAACUGUAUGCCCUUACAAAACUUUACGUCGAGUGUUUUUUCGCGCGGGAUUCGUGUUUUAUGUCGCCUUUACGCAGCCGUUAAGAUUUCCGUUAACAGACAGCAGCAAGUGAAGCGUAGCUGCGCAUUAUAAAUGACGGUCCGACCCGUAGUCGUACACGGAUACGGUGUUUUUCUGAGGGAAAUGUGGUAGAGAGAGACGACAGCUUCUGUGUUCAGCCCGCUGACUUGGCGGCUCUGGGUUUGCUGCUCGUGAGGCCUGCGGGUCGGGCUUCCACCGGGCUUGAGUAGAGCCCGACGCCGCCUUCGAACGCUCGGAGGCCGGCAGUUGGAGCUGCCACCGCCGGGCCUGCGGACCAAGGUAUGGAACGGAUGGAAGUCGACCAGUGCGCAGGCGCAGCUGGCGGGGCAGGAGGCGGGGCACUCCGCAGAUCGAACAGCGCCCCCAUGAUCACCAGUGUCAGCGACGGCAUGGCGGUCUUCAGUCCGGUGUCCUCGGCGCGCUACCGGCGCAGCAGCGUGUCCAUCAACCCCAGCUGCCCUUCACAGCUCGUGCCGCUCUCUCCUUUCUCCCUGACCGGAGACAGGCUCGACCACAAGAGGCAGGAGGAGAACAUGGAGAUGAAUCUCAGAGGAAGUCUGCAGAGACUAAGUGCUUCCAGUCUGAUCCCAGCUCCUCCUGUCAGUCAGUGGCACAACCACGCAUCAGUGUGGUUCCAGUCACAGGACAGCGGCGUCACACCCAACUCUUCCCCGAGUCCCACCAGGAGGUUCAGACCAGCAGUCAGCGCCACGGUGAGAUGGCCGGCUCUAACUCCCCUCAAGAGGAAAGGAGGGGUGGAGUCUGACGGGCCCCCCAAGAAGCUUUUUGUUGCCGGGGUAACAGACCCCGCCCAGCGCAGCAGCUACACCGUCAGUGUCUCUCAGUCGGCAGCGGACUCUCCUCCGGCAGGAGGCCCUAGCCCUCCGAGGUCCAGCCGCCUGUCUCUCUCUCCUCCCCCCUCCUUCACCCCCUUCACCCCCCACCAGCACCCGGGACACUAAGACCCCUCCGCACCCAGAGUCCUGACCCUGUCACUGUGGGUGCACACCGACCACCAGCCGCUCCAGAGACAUUAAGACAAACUAAAACCCCUGGAGGAACAUCGAAACCCAUCGCACCUUAUUUCUGUUUUCCGGGAUACACUGUAAGUCCCGCCUCUUCCUGCGACCACAUUGGACGGACAGAAGAAUCGCACGAAAUGAAGAUCGGCCCGGUUUUUAUGCUCCCUGAGUGUCUUUAUUGUCAGAAAGUAUCAAGUUUGGAUGCCUGGACGCGUCACAAAGGUCCAAAUGUAAUACAUUUUCACUUCAUUAUGUCAUUAGUUUAUUUGCACAAACAAGGGAAAUGCGUAGAAAUGCGAUAGAAUUAAAAAAAAAAAAAAAACAAGCAUCUACAUCAGGGGUGUCGAACUCAUUUUCCCAGAGGGCCACGCUGGAAAAAGAGAAUCACACCGAGGGCCAGACGUGUAAAGUUUGUAUUUGUUCAGACUUUUUUGUGGCUUUCUCAGACAUUUGUCACCUUUUUUUUGUAAAUUUUUAGCUUUUUCCAACAUUUUUCUACG